AUGAGCAUUCCUGGUGAGGUCGUGGAGCGUGUGAUGCAAUACCUGGCUAGCGCCGACGAGAUCCUCAUGGCCGCCGAGCUGGGCGAAGCAAGCGAGUAUACGCAGGGACUUCGGAACCUGCGUUCCGCCGCUCCACGCAGCAGCUUGGCGCUGCCCGUUUUGAAGGCCAACCACCCACUCUUUUGUGAGCGCGACGUCGCUGCGGUUGUCGGCUACCCGACGGCCAUCGCCGUCACCAGCCCCGGCGGCUUGCGCUCGGCUUGUCUUGGUCUUGGUCCGAUCUCGGCGGACCCCGGCAUGUACCCGUGUGUGCUGACGGCACCACUCUCCGUCUACCGUCAGGCGUACGGUGGGCAGGCGAAGCGUGCAAUCCAAUGGACGCUCGACUCGUCGCUGCAACAAGUGCCGGUGCACUCGCUGACGUUAUCGGGCGGCACAGCACUGCCUCUGCAAACGUGCAGUGACGAACGGAUGGCGUCGCGCAUCCGCUUGAUCGUCACGCAUGGAAGACGCGUCGUUGCGUUGAGCAACGCGCUACAAGAGUGCCCAACGCUGACCACGAUUUACAUCCCAUCCUCGGUGACGUUUGAUCCCGCCGUCUUUUCGCCCGACGUCGGCGCUCAGCUGGGCGACGCUUCGAUCGCAUCGAGACUCGAAUGCUUGUCGCUCGCGCGUAUCGCCAUGGAUCUGGACACAUGGAGCCAUGUGUGCCAGGGCAUCCCGAGCACGGUGCGCACCUUGACCAUUGACGACACGCUCUUCGACACGGUCCACUGGCUCGUCCCGCUGCUGGACACCGUUCCGCGACUGCUGGAUCUCAACCACCUGACGCUUCCGAAACACCUCGUCGAGUGCGUGACGCGCCUGCCGCUUCUGGAAGAAGUCGUAAUUUCGAUGUUCCGGUCAACGAACGCGCUCGACUUGCUCCCGCUUUCGCGCAAGCUCCCGGUGCUGAAGAAGAUCUCCAUCGCCCACCCGGACUUCUCGUACAGCUCGCUCCAGUGUCUCGUCGUGGAGCUCGCGCGCACGGCCGCGCGCCGCGUGGAGCUCGACAUUUUUGGCGGCGGCGUCGAUCCAUGCAAGAGUUUCGAGGGUUUUGCUCGACGACCUCUCGAACCCGCCCGUUCCCCGUGGCAUGGAAUCGGAACUCGAAUGUACAAGUUGUCAAUCGAUGCGGACCUCUGA